UUUCCCUCUGCAUAAUAAAGGGCAAACCGCCUGCGUGUCAACCCGGACUAGCGUGCACGUAUUUAGAUCCCCUUGUACCGGAGACACGGGAGCGAAUCGCGCGCAUCAACCUAUUAUCUAACCAUUAAGGCCCUCUAUUUUGGCCUCAACGUGACACGCCAGUCCUAAUAAGGAUUUAAAUGCCAUAUCAGGGCUCAUUGGGGCUGGACGAAAAAGUAGUGAGUCCUGCUACAAAGGACCUAAUCGAAAGCAACGGUUUCAACAACAGAAGUUCUGACAACAUGGAUGACAGUCUGACCAGUCUGCACUGGUUGCAAGAGUUCUCUAUCCUUAGUGACAGUGGAAGGCAACAAGUUUCUACUAGCCAACAUCAGAGCAAACUCUUUGAGCAGCAGCUGGGUGGAGAAGCUCCUGCAUCUCCUCUAGCAGGCGACCUUGCUUCCAUAGGCAUGCCACUGACCCCUGGAAAGCCCAUAGCAACAGCAGUUCCUGCCCUGUGCACUCUGCCCAGCUUGGUUGCACAUGGACACUGCCCAGAUGAGGUUGACUACAAGACAAACCCUCACAUCAAGCCACCAUACUCAUAUGCCACCUUAAUUUGCAUGGCUAUGCAGGCAAGCAAGAAAAGCAAAAUCACACUCUCCUGUAUCUAUAAAUGGAUCACUGACAACUUCUGCUACUUCCGCCAUGCUGACCCCACCUGGCAGAAUUCCAUCCGUCACAAUCUCUCACUGAAUAAAUGCUUCAUAAAAGUUCCAAGGCAGAAGGAUGAGCCUGGAAAGGGUGGCUUCUGGAAGAUUGAUCCGGAAUAUGCUGAACGUCUCCUGACUGGGGCUUAUAAGAAGCAAAGGAUGCCUCCAGUACAGAUUAACCCAGCUCUUAAAAAUCAACUUGGAAUGAUCUCACCGCCAGUUAUGCCUACGCCAACAGAUGUAACAGGUUUUCUCCAUGUUGGUCCUGAGUCACAGCAGCUCUUAGAAGAAUUUGAGGAAGUCACUGGACUUGACAAGAACUGGGACCCUCACCUAGCAGAAACCACUUUAUCUGAUUGCUCGAGCGCAGUAAAAGCCAGCAAAAGAAAACAGCCAUAUGGCCACCGGGCUGGAAGUGCCAAAGCUCUGUGCCGCUCAAGCUCCCCACUGCUGGCCAUGGAGGAACCAAAGGUUCUGGAAUCUCUUAUGGGUAAUUUUGACUGGGAUGCUCUGCUAAAUUCAGCCCUAAAUGAGGAUUUGAGUUUGAAUGAGUGUGAUCCUGUGAGCCCAAUACCACAAGAUCAGAACCUCAUGGUACAUGGCAUUCAUGUUAAUACCCUGGAGGCCUCUGUCAAUACUACAGAAAGUAACAUGCUAAUAGAAACACAAAAGGACCAUGAUGUAGACCUUGACAAAGAGACAUUCUUAGCCACAGAAUUUUUACAGAGUCCUUGGACAGAAGAAGAAGCGGGGAACCAUCCUGAUUUUCUUUCUAUGUCUACUGUUAACAUCAAUCAACUCUUUGAUCUGGGAGGCUCACUCAGUGAUGAUAUUGACAGUAAAAUUGAAUCUCUUCUCUGAAUAGUUCAUCAGUAUCUCUUGAGACUAGGGAUGUCACAAUACCAAAAAUCUAGUACUCAGUACCGAUACCACCAAAAGUACACGAUACUCUAUAACAAGGUGUGGUAUAUAAAAAAAUAAAUAAUAAUUAAAAACUCUCCUGGAGGACAUACUCCUCUGGCUGAUACUGGGAGGGAGGGAGGG